AUGUUUCUACAGCCCUGUCAUUUAACCUUGUUCAAGAGCAUGUCUAGACGAAAUUACAGUGGCCCUGAAAGCGAAGGACAACUUUUGAGCUCCUUAGUGCAGCAUUUUGGUGACAACCUUGGGAGGAAAGAUAAAAGAAUGCCCUUACUAGAAGAAACCACUCUGACUGGGGACCCGCUCCUGACUGUGCCAAUAGUAAUAAUAGGGAAUGGACCUUCGGGAAUUUGCCUUUCUUACAUGCUGUCUGGGUAUAGGCCAUAUUUGUCUCUUGAAGCUGUACAUCCAAAUCCCAUUUUGCAUAGUAAAUUAGAAGAAGCUAGACAUCUCUCUAUUGUUGACCAAGAUUUAGAAUACUUGUCUGAAGGUCUUGAAGGACGUUCUUCCAAUCCAGUUGCAGUACUUUUUGAUACACUGCUUCAUCCAGAUGCUGACUUUGGCUAUGAUUAUCCACCUGUUCUGCACUGGAAGCUAGAACAGCAUCAUUAUAUCCCACAUAUAGUGCUUGGCAAAGGACCACCUGGUGGAGCUUGGCAUACUAUGGAAGAUUCUAUGUUGACAAUCAGUUUUGGAGACUGGAUGGAGUUACCAGGACUGAAGUUUAAGGAUUGGGCAGCUAGUAAACGCAGAAGUAUAAAGAGUGACAGAGUUAUGCCAGAGGAAAUAGCUUGUUAUUAUAAACAGUAUGUUAAAGUCAUGGGCCUCCAGAAGAACUUCAGAGACAAUGCUUACGUAACAUCUGUUUCAAGACUUUACCGAGAACAGGAUGACGAAGAUGAAAGCCAAGUGAGUGAAGAUAUUUCAACACAGCAUUUGCAAAUGGAAAAGGAAGAUGUACAGACAUCAUUGAUCAAGAGAAACUGGGAAGUCAGAGGUUAUCAGAGAACAACAGAUGGCUCUCAGGUGCCCUUCUGCCUCUUUGCUGAGAAUGUGGCUCUUGCGACUGGAACUUUUGAUUCUCCUGGCCGACUACAGGUUGAAGGAGAAGAAUUUCCCUUUGUGUUUCAUUCCAUGUCUGACUUUGGAGCUGCCAUCGGCAAAGGAAAACUACGUGGGAAAGUAGACCCUGUCUUAAUCGUGGGUGCUGGACUCUCAGCAGCUGACGCAGUACUGUGUGCUUACAACAAUAACAUCCCUGUAAUUCAUGUGUUUCGUAGAAGGGUUACUGAUCCAAGUUUAAUUUUCAAACAGCUGCCUAAAAAGCUUUAUCCUGAAUACCAUAAGGUCUAUCAUAUGAUGUGUACUCAGUCACACGCUGUGGACUCUAAUCUGCAUUCUGCUUACACCAGUUUUCCUGAACACCGUGUACUUUCCUUCAAGCCAGACAUGAAAUGUGUCCUACAGAGUGCCUCUGGAUUGAAGAAAAUCUUCAAGUUCUCCGUAGCCUUAGUACUGAUAGGUUCUCACCCUAAUUUGUUCUUUCUAAAGGACCACGGUCAGGGGAUAGGUCAUAACCCAAACCAGCCAAUCACAUGCAAGGGUAAUCCUAUUGAGAUUGAUCCAUAUACUUACGAGUGCACUAAGGAAGCCAAUCUUUUUGCAUUAGGCCCGCUGGUUGGAGACAAUUUUGUACGGUUUUUAAAAGGAGGUGCACUGAGCAUUGCACGAUGUUUGGCUACAAGACAAAAGAAGAAACAUCAACUAAUUGUUGAAAGAGGCGGGGGCGGGGAUGGUGUCCCCUAA